UCGAGCAGCGCGGAGAUAUAUCUGUAGUGUCAUGGAGGGAUGUUAACAUCUGUGAUCUGACAGCAUGUUUCGGCUCUGCAUGAAGGCGGUUUUUGUGCAUGAACAGCUGGCUGUAAAGAACUGCUAUAAAUUAAGGUUGUAUAUCCCUGGCUGUAGCUGUUUCUCCACCUCUCAGGCUAGACUAGGGGUCCUUAGGAGAGUGAACGACAAGUAUGAGCGCUUCCUGGAGCAGCGUUUCCCUCGCUUUUAUGUCUUAUACCACACCCUCAUGAAAGGAUUUAAGCUCCUGUUUGAAGAUGUGAAAGAGGUCAGAAGAAUAAAGAGCAGCAUGCGCAGUAACAGUAUCCACUACAGAGAGCUCCCAUAUCGAGACAUGGAGAGAUUACUGCUGUUUCGACGGGACAUGAUUAAAGCCAUUCCACUGAUUGUGAUCUCACUUCCUCCAUUCGCCAUUGGUGUGGUCUUCACCCUGAUGUGCCUCUUUCCACGGCAGCUGCUCUUCCGACACUUCUGGACUCCACAGCAGCAGAGGAAGUAUCAGAUGAUUGCUCACGUAAAGCGCUCCAAACACCAGGCAGAGGUUCUGAACAAUAUCUUGUUGACUAUCCCGCGGAUCAGCGAGUGGCCCAGACGGACUCUGCUCUUAAACCUGUGUAGCAAGGUCCAAAGUGGAGUCCACCCAAGUGUUUCAGAAAUCUGUGCUGUACGUGAGGCCUUUUCCGGACCUCCACUGGAACUGCAGACUCUGAAAGCGAGUCAUUUGAGAUCUUUGGGCUCUCAGAUCCCUGUAAUUGUGUGGUUGCCCAGUUUCCUGGUGCGGAGGCGGCUCACUACCAAAGCCCUGGAUCUGCUUUAUCUGGACCGAGCUCUGGGCACUCUAGGGCUUGAUCAGCUCAGCGAUGAAGAAAUGAAACGCGCCUGUGAUCUUCGUGGGCUGAGUCCCAGCCGCCUUACUUCCAGCCAGUGUAGAGAGUGGCUUCAGCAGUGGCUCCAGUUCUCAGCACAACUCAAAGAUUCAGAAUCCUCACUUCUGCUGCACAGCAUGACGAUAUUAACCCUCGUCUAUCCCCCAAAGUGAGAGAAGAAUGGUGCUGCAUGGAAAUAUUUCAUCUUCCUCCUGUUUACAGACUGAAAACUUACUUCAGUGUACAGAGUUUACACCACAGACAAAGCCUUCACAGAUUCGGCACUGUGCAUAGGUUUUAGGCCCAUAUUUACACUACUCUGGGUAUAAUUUUCUUUUUCUGCAGGCACUCAUAUUUUUGUCAUUUAUAUCUGUCGAUUUUCCAUCCCUUAAUUCUCUUAUUAAUUCCCAUUUAUGACGUACCCAUCAGCCAGAAUUGGAGCAUCGGGAAACGGCUCUGGUACACACACCUGGUACACCAUGUCAACUAUAUAGCAACACCCCAGCAACCCACUCCUUUUCAUUGGAACUACCAAAUUAUGCUUUACAAACAUCUUAGCAACCUCAUAGAAACACCAUAGCAAACACCUGGCAGCACCAGUGGAACAAAAUCAAUACAUUAGCAGCAUCCUAGCAACCACCUUAGAUACCACAGCAACUGUUCAACAACCACCAAGCAACACCUUAGGAACAAACUCUUUACAUUAGUAACUAACCACUUAGCAUCACCUUAGGAACCCCAAAAUAACAACCACAUUAACAACACUAAUCAGUACAUUAGUAUCCUCCUAGCAACCACCUUAGAUACCACAGCAACCGUUCAGCAACCAAGCAACAACUUAGGAACUACUUAAUAUUCAUCCUGAAUAUCAUAGCAACCAGCUAGCGAACUCCACUGGAACCUAGCAACACCUGAGCAACCACCUAGCUUAACCCUAAACAACAUCAUAUCAUUAUAUCAUCUUAAUCAACAUAGCAACCACAUUGGAUCACAAAUACAAUCAGCAAAUGCGCCUUUCUUAUUAUAAUUAAUUCUGAAGAAAGUAGUUAAGAUCUUGUGAGCUUGGAAAAUUGCCCUAACAAAAAUGGUCUAACGUCAUAAUUGGUCUAACGUCAUAAUAAGGCAAUGAAUGAAAAACACUGUUUUAGUAAGGAAAUGAUAACAAAAUAUCUCUGAAUGUCUUUAAAUAUACAACUAUACAAUCAUACAUUUAAUUAAAAUGUAUUACAAAUGUAAAAAAGGUUAAAGUACAAAUAACCAAAAAAGUGGUAACGUGCCAAAGAGCCUACAAUGUUUUUUUUUUGUUUGUUUGUUUUUUCUAAUUUUAGAUUCAUUUACACGACCAAUUACUCAACCCACUCAUUAGGACUUCCCCUAUCACUAGUGAUGCCCCAACACAAGGAGGGUAAAGACUAGCACAUGCCUCCUACCACACAUAUGAAGUCAGCCACCACCUCUUUUUGCUGCUGAUGCAGCAUUGUCGAGAAGCAUCACAGCACACUCAGAGGAAAGCGCUGCAACUCGGUUGCAAUACAUCAGCUCACAGAUGCCCUGUGCUGAGUGACAUCACCUUUUGGAGUGAUAUGGGGAAAGAGCUCCAUCUACCCACCCAGAGAGAGCAAGGGCAAUUGUCCUCUCUCUCUCAGGGCUCCGGUAGCCGAUGGCAAGCUACAUGAACAGGAUUCGAACCGAUGAUCUCCUGAUCAUAGUGGCAGCACCUUAGUCCGCUGGACCACUCACAGUCCCCAAAGCUACAGUGUUUUUUAAUCAAUAAAUAAAAGGGACUAAAACUUCUGCACAGUACUGUAUGUGCCAAACCCUCAUAACAUUCCACCUGAACGUGUUGUAAAGGUGACUGUUCAUAGUCUUGGCUGUUGCUAUAUCUGUUCAUGUGGAUAUCUGUGGAUUGACAUAAAUAUCCUGCUAUCAGCCUGAAAAUAUAGUUUUCUUUUGUUUGAUUGUAUUUUUUAUUUUAUUUUUUCAUUUUGCAUGAGAAAUCUUAUUUAUUAAAAACCCAGAUCAUCACAUCCUGCAGCGUUUGUGUCUGCAGAGCUCUUGAGUUUAUUUUGUGGAAAUGUUUUUUUUUUUUUUUUUUUUUUUCAGAACAAAAAUGAGAACACUCUCUACAUACUCUGCUGCCUUGCAAUGCAGUGUGCUAUUAUACAUGCAUUUCACUAUAUGUUUUAUAAUUAUAAAUAUUAUUUUUAUUUUAUACAUCGUUUUAUUUAACAUUGGUUUGUUGUGGUUCUGCUUGUCUCUGCCUGCUGCCAUGCAUUGCAUACUUUUUUUAAGGCGACUUAUCGUUAAUCUCAGGUUACUUUUAUAUGAUCUGUGGUUAUUUUUAUGCUGAAGUAAUGUACAUUUAUGUGCACAUAGGAACAUAUUCAUAAGAUAUGUUAAUAUUAAAUGUAUGGCUGUGAAUCCAA